ACACCCUCAGGUUGCGGUUUGGGCUGCUGCGGCUACACCUCUCCCCUCCUUCCCCUCCUCCCUCCCUGGGGUUCCUUAUCCUCCGAGGACCUCCUGGGAGGCUUGGAACCCCAACCUCUAACCCCUCCUCUAGCUCCUGUGCCAGUUCUCCAGCACCCCAAAAGAAUUCCCCCCACUUCUAGCGCAUCCCCACUCGUCUCCCCAUCCCCGGAACCCGCUUCCACCAGCCUAACUCCUGGGCCCCUCCUGUUCUCAUUCUGCCCUCCAUGUUCCCCUCCCUGGGUCUGCUCCAGCCACCACUCCGUCUCCGGUCCGCCUGGCCUCCUCACCUCGUCCCCCAGUCUUCGCAGAACAUUGAAUCUAGAGGACCUUCGCCUCCUUUGGUGUCCAUCGCUUGCACUGAGCAAAACCUCCGCAGCAGGAGCAGUGAGGACCGUCUCUGUGGACCCCGACCUGUCCCUGGGGGCGGGAAUGGCAGUGGAGUGACCAGCAUUCACGGGAAUCCUUCUGGGGGAGGGGGACCUGGCCCCAAGGUCCGGGCUGUGUCAGUCGCACGACCCCUGGGUCCUGCAGCUAUGACCCCCUCUGGGCCCCUACGAGAGAGCACCGGCCGCGGCACCAGCAUGAAGUACAGGAAUUUGGGAAAGUCUGGUCUUCGAGUAUCCUGUCUUGGCCUUGGUACCUGGGUCACAUUUGGGUCUCAGAUCUCAGAUGAGACUGCAGAGAAUCUGAUGACUGUGGCUUAUGAGCAUGGAGUGAAUCUGUUUGACACAGCUGAAGUGUAUGCAGCAGGAAAGGCAGAACGAACACUGGGCAAUAUCCUUAAGAGCAAGGGUUGGAGGAGAUCCAGCUAUAUCAUCACUACCAAAAUCUUUUGGGGAGGACAGGCAGAGACUGAAAGAGGCUUGAGCCGAAAACACAUCAUUGAGGGCUUGUGGGGCUCCUUGGAACGGCUUCAACUGGGAUAUGUAGACAUAGUCUUCGCCAAUCGAUCGGACCCCAACAGUCCCAUGGAGGAAAUUGUCCGGGCCAUGACCUUUGUAAUUAACCAGGGACUAGCACUGUACUGGGGGACAUCACGAUGGGGAGCUGCAGAAAUCAUGGAGGCCUACUCAGUGGCCCGACAAUUCAACCUGAUUCCCCCUGCAUGUGAACAAGCUGAGUACCACCUGUUUCAGAGGGAUAAGGUGGAGACACAGCUGCCUGAGCUCUACCACAAGAUAGGUGUUGGUUCAGUGAUCUGGUCCCCUUUGGCCUGUGGUGUCAUUACUACCAAGCAUGAAGGAAGAAUCCCAGAAACCUACAGGGGGACCAUCAAGGGUUACCAAUGGCUCAAGGACAAGAUACAGAAUGAAGAUGGCAAGAAGCAACAGGCCAAGGUCAUGGACCUGCUCCCCAUUGCUAACCAACUAGGUUGCACAGUAGCUCAGCUUUCUAUAGCCUGGUGUCUCCGCAGUGAGGCUGUCAGCUCCGUCCUGCUGGAGGCGUCCAACACGGAACAGCUGAUGGAAAACCUGGGCGCGCUGCAGGUGCUGAGCCAGCUGACGCCCCAGAAGGUGCUGGAGAUCGACGGGCUCCUGGGAAACAAACCUCACUCCAAAAAGUAGUCCCUCCCGCCAGGCGCAGGCGCCGCCGCCACCUUCCCAGCCA